AUGGGUCACCCGAAGAGGGAGACAGAGGGAGAAAGAGAGAGCAAGAGAAAGAGAGAGAGAGAGGAAGAUGAGUGGUCGUCGUCGCCGGAGAGGAGUGGUCGUCGUCUCCAAUGGUUUGUGGAUGAGAGCACAGCUAGUGAUUACGAUGAAGGGACUGAAGCUUUGAUUAGGUUGAAUGAAGCGUUGGUGACGCUGUCAAUCUUCACCCAAUAA